AUGGCGAGGAGAAGGGAGGAGGUGGACGACGAUGAGGACGAGGCGUCGGAGUCGGUGGAGCGGGUGUUCGAGGGGCGGGUGGUGCCCGGGUGGCGGGAGCAGCUGACGGUGCGGGCGCUGGCGGUGAGCGCGCUCCUCGGCGCCAUGUUCAGCGUCAUCGUCAUGAAGCUCAACCUCACCACGGGGAUCAUCCCCUCGCUCAACGUCUCCGCGGGCCUCCUCGGCUUCUUCCUCCUCAGCUCGUGGACCAAGCUGCUCGACAAGGCCGGCGUCGCCAGCGUCCGCCCCUUCACGCGACAGGAGAACACCGUCGUGCAGACGUGCGUCGUCGCCUGCUCCGGCAUCGCGUUCAGCGGUGGGUUUGGAAGUUACAUGUUCGGGAUGAGCGAGAGGAUCAGCGAGCAGUCGGGGGAAACCUUGGACGAGCACAACAUCAAGAACCCCGCCUUGGGCUGGAUGAUCGGCUUCCUCUUCAUCGUCAGCUUCCUCGGCCUCUUCUCUGUGGUGCCCCUGAGGAAGAUAAUGAUCAUCGAUUACAAGCUCAUCUACCCGAGUGGCACUGCCACUGCCCACCUCAUCAACAGCUUCCACACUCCCCAGGGCGCCAAGCUUGCCAAGAGGCAGGUCAGGACGCUGGGGAAAUUCUUUGCCGGCAGCUUCACUUGGGGCUUCUUCCAGUGGUUCUACACCGCCGGCGAGGGCUGCGGCUUCAUGUCCUUCCCGACGCUGGGCCUCGAGGCCUACAGACAGAAGUUCUUCUUCGACUUCUCGGCGACGUACGUCGGCGUCGGGAUGAUCUGCCCUUACAUCGUUAACGUCUCCGUCCUCCUGGGAGGAGUCGUGUCAUGGGGCAUCAUGUGGCCUCUCAUCGAGCAGAAGAAGGGCGACUGGUACCCCGCCGACCUCAAACCCAGCAGCCUCCGCGGCAUCGUCGGCUACCGGGUGUUCGUCUCCAUCGCGCUGAUUCUUGGCGACGGCCUCUACAACUUCCUCAAGGUUAUGACCAAGACGGUGAGCGCGCUGGUGGUGCAGGUGCGCGGGAUGAUGUCGGAGCCGACGCUCCCGAUCUCGGGCGGCGGCGACGCGAGUUUCCCGACGCCGGAGGAGACGUUCGACGACAAGCGGCGGACAGAGCUGUUCCUCAAGGACCAGAUCCCGAACACGCUGGCGCUGGGCGCGUACGCGGUGAUCGCCGUGGUAUCCAUCGCCACGGUGCCGCACAUCUUCCACCAGCUCAAGUGGUACCACGUGGCGGUGUCGUACGUGAUCGCGCUGCUGGCCUUCUGCAACGCGUACGGGUGCGGGCUCACGGACUGGUCCUUGGCGACGACGUACGGCAAGCUGGCCAUCUUCACGGUGGGCGCCUGGGCGGGCGCGUCGGACGGCGGCAUCAUCGCCGGGCUGGCCGCCUGCGGCGUGAUGAUCGGCAUCGUCUCCACGGCGUCGGACCUGACCCAGGACUUCAAGACGGGUUACAUGACGCUGGCGUCGCCGCGGUCCAUGUUCGUGAGCCAGGUGAUUGGCACGGCGAUGGGUUGCGUGAUCGCGCCGUCGGUGUUCUGGCUCUUCUACAACGCGUUCGGCGACAUCGGGAUGCCGGGGUCGGAGUACCCUUCCCCGAACGCGCUGGUGUACCGGAACAUGGCGAUCCUGGGGGUGCAGGGCCUGGGUUCCCUGCCCCGGCACUGCCUGGACCUGUGCAUCGCCUUCUUCGCGGCGGCCAUCGCCAUCAACCUGGCGCGCGACCUCGCGGGGCCCCGGGCGGCGGCGUACAUCCCGCUGCCGAUGGCCAUGGCCAUCCCCUUCUACCUCGGCCCCUACUUCGGCAUCGACAUGUGCAUCGGCAGCCUGGUGCGGCUGGUGUGGGACCGGCUGGACCCGGCGCGGGCCAAGGCGUUCGCUCCGCCCGUGGCGUCGGGGCUCAUCUGCGGCGACGGGAUCUGGACGCUGCCGCAGUCGGUGCUGGCUCUCGCCGGCGUGAAGCCGCCCAUCUGCAUGAAGUUCCUGACGCGCGCCGCCAACGCCGAGGUGGACGCCUUCCUCCGCGGCAGGAGGCACUGACUGCUGUGACGGACACCAACCAAACGCGCCGUGCGUGCCAUCUUCUAGUAGCAAGCAGCGUAGGGAGGAGGAGGAGGCUCGUGUCUUGUUCGCUUUGGAAUCAGAAGAUGCUUUCAAUGUGGCGUACAGGCGCACACUGCUGCCGGCUGCUGCUGCUGCAUAAAUAGCUGCUAGGAAGGGGAGCAGUAAGUACGGGCAGUGCUGAAUUUGGGGUGAUGAAGUGAAGUGAAGUGAGGUGAGGCAGCUCUGACUGAGGUUCUGAAGCUGUGAAGUGCAAGUGCUCUGCCUGCCCUUUCUGUAGGAUGAUUCACCUUUCCGGCUAGCUGUGGCUCGCAUGAAUGGAUGGAAUAUCUCGUAUGCCCCGUGGGAGAUCUGGUUGGUCCCCUCCCCUCGACCCGGGGCGUCGGGGCAGGAAGGGUCUGGAUCUGCACAGCCCAGAGUGGGUCAGGGGCUCAGGGCCAGGCCUCUCCCGCCUCCGCCCAUCAUUGCGAAUCAUGUGAUCCAUAUAACUCGCUUGCUCGCCCUCGCCCAUCGCAACGGCCACUGCGCACCCGCGUCGCAGGCCGCCGGCCGGCCGCGGCCAGCCUGCAUGCGGAGCUCAUGCAGGCCAGCAGCAGCAGGUGGAGUAGAUCAGAUGCCAAUGACCUCCGGGAGCCCGGCUGAUCGGGUGCAGACUGCAGAGGCUCGCAGGCACCGCUGCACCAGGCCGGCAGUUCAAAUCAACUCGGACAGCGCGGAUAGAUGGGCGUGAUUUCAUGGUUUGUUGGGAGGGGGAGGGGGAAUCGCACGGCUUUAAGAAUGUGGGGAUUAUUUUUUAGCCUUUGGGAGGGAGGGAUGUGCCAACCAAACCAACCUUUUGCUGCUUUUUCCCUGUC